AUGGAUAUCAUGUUUUUAAUUUCAAAUUCAACCGUCUUAGUUCUCUCCGGCCUUUUCCUGACAACUACGGCGGUAGUAUAUGUCUACCUCCGCUUCUUUUACGUUGACAUACCAAAAAUUGAUGGGAUUCCCGAAAUUCCAAGCGGCGAAAUUCUCGCAGGCCAUCUCUAUAAAUUGGGGAAUGACCAUGCCACCACUGCGGAAGCAUGGGCAUCCAAAUAUGGAUGGCCAGUUUUCCAGCUUAGAAUGGGACAACGACGUGCGAUCAUGUUGAAUUCUUUUGAGGCCGCUCGUGACUGGAUGGUCAAAAACCAGGCUGCCACCUUAGAUCGACCAUGGUUUCACACAUUCCAUGGGGUCAUUUCAGCUACUUCAGCCGCGACAAUUGGGACAAGCCCCUGGGAUGAGAGAACCAAGAAACAGAGACGUGUUGUAGGCUCGUUUACAACCGGACCCUCAAUUCAAAAGCUGCGGAAGGUGUUGCACAUGGAGACUUGUGCGGUAAUUUCGUCGCUGUAUUACGACAGUCAAAAGGGAAGAACCGACAUUAUGCCUCACAUUUACCAGGAGCGGCUCGCUCUGAAUCUCAUGAUGAUGUUUUGCUACGGGACACGAUUUUCUUCAGUUGAAGACCCCCUGCUUCUACAGAUAUUGAAAGACGGUAGUACCAUUGCUAGUUUUCGGUCAACGAGUUCCAAUGCUCAAGAUUUCAUUCCCCAUCUAAGAUAUCUUGGUGAAAAUAAGCGGACAGCAACAGCCAAAGAGGUCCGUGGCCGACGGGACCAAUGGCUGGCGAAAAUGUUGGACAACGUUCGUGGCAAUCUCAAUCUGCGCACUGGGCCUAAAAAGAGCGUGGCCGAAAUGUUGUUAGUAGACAGCAGCAAAGAUGAUCUCACAGAGCUGGACAUCAAAACCAUCCUCGGUGGGCUCAUGUCGGGUGGAUUUGAAACUAUCUACUCCACUGCCAUCAUUACCAUUGGUAUGUUGUCGACGUUACAGGGACAACCAAUGCAACAAGAGGCAUAUGAAGAUAUCAUGAAAGUCUACGAUACGCCCGCAGAUGCUUUCAAUCUCUGCUUGACGGAGGAGAAGAGCCCUUAUGUGAUGGGGCUGGUGAAAGAAGCAUUGAGGUUCUUUCCGCCGCUGAAACUUCUUCCAGCACGACAGACUUAUACAGAAUUUGUCUACCAAGGAGCUACUAUCCCAAAGGGUGUCCUUGUUUACAUGAACACCCAGGCAAUAAAUCGGGACAAAAAUACAUAUGGCCCCGAUGCUGACCAAUUCCGCCCAGGCCGAUGGGUAGAGAAAGAUCAUGGUAUCCCGCCACCGUAUCACUUCGCCUUUGGGGCUGGUGGUCGGAUGUGCACUGCUGUCAACUUCUCUAAUCGGGUGCUUUAUGCACUAUUUCUCCGCUUGAUUAUAUCCUUCAAUAUGACCGAGAACAAACUAUCGCCUCCAAACACAGAUUAUAUCAAUUAUAAACGCGAUUCAACCGAAUCAAAUGCCAUCGCCUCCAAGUUUAAAGUAAACUUCACGCCAAGGGAUACGGCGGUCCUGGAGCAGUGCUUAGAGCAAGCGCAGGAUGAAUUGACGGACUUACUACCUGGAGUUGUGGCAGAGCCUCUUAUACGAUAA